ACCUCGGCUGUUGAAACAAUGAGACCGAAUGACUUUGAUUGCGAGAUUCAAAUGAUUUGUCCGCUUACAUUUCGAGAUUGAAAUAAAAUUGUCAACAUCAUUAAUUAUCAAUAAAAAUGGAAUUUCCUGAUAGUGAGUGUGUUCGGGUUUUUGAGAGUAUGAGUCUUGUGAAAUUGGCAGCUACAUUACAGGCUGGCCAAGUUAUCUUGACAAAGAGAUUGUCACAAGGAACAUUUACUCCAAAUAUAGUUGGUGGGGAAAGUGGGGAAAGUUUUAGUGAGAUGGAGACAAGUUAUAGUGAAAGUGGUGACAAUAGUGAGGGGGGUGAUGGUGGUCCAAGUCGAAAGAAGAAGAAGAAAUUGUUGAAGGGCGAGGUGGACUUGGACGCAUUGAAGUGGGUGGUUACGCAGCCCUGUAACCAAAUUAGCAAGACUGACCCACCCCAGCCAUUAUGUGCUAAAUGUCCCAAAGUCUAUUCUGGAUCAGCAAUUGCUAAUAAAUGUCCGUUAUCCGUACCUAUUCUGCUCAAUCCGACCCCUGCAUAUUCAUGUCUCAACAAUAAAAUCAUGGUUUAUGGUUUCUGGUGCUCUCACCCUAAAUGCAAACGACCUGAUGGUGGCCCUUCUCUCAUCAAAAUCGGUCAAACGGGGAAUGGAUUAAAUGGUGACCGCGUUGGACAACAAUUGGAGCAAGUUCGAACAUGCACUAUCCCUACAGAUUUUGAUAAGAAGGAAGUUGCCAGACAUUUCCACCAGCACUGGUUAGAGGAUAAUAAAUCGUGCGACCCUUAUCAAUUUGUGCAUUUCUCUAUCAUACAACAACUAACUCCUGAUAAGGGGGAGGACGACAGAUUAUCCAUUGAGAGAGCCUUGAUACUCAGAUUUCACACUAAUCAUCCUGACUUUGGAGUGAAUGGUCAACUUCCUAACCCGCUUGCCACACGUACGAAAAAAUUAUCGUCGUCCUCCUCUUCUUCCUCGGUUGCUUAUAAAACUAACAGACCCAAAAGCAUACGAACCGAACGAAAACGAGCUGUUCCAUUCAAAGUUAUGGUGGCUAUUGCACUAAAACAAGAUCCGGACUUUUACCAGGCUUCAUCAACCGAAAUAACUACAUUCAUUCAGCUAAAUUUCCCUGAUUAUGGAAUGGAGGUCAGAAAUAUGGCUAAGAUAUUGCGUCUUAAUGGAGAUCAAAGUUAUGAUUCAAACAAUCAUGUAGCUGAGGAAGACAAAACGAAUUGGUUCGUCACUGUAAAAAAAGGGAAAGGUGGUUCUGGUGGAGGCUCCACCUACGGAUUUAGUUUACCACGUUGGCCUGCCACAAAUGCCGAAUUAACCUCAUGGUUGCAUGAUGAGGAAACUAUCGCCAAUCUCAACACAAUUGCUAAAGAAGGACUUAAUUUAGAUGAAAUGUUAACUUGAAAAUUGUACAUAAUUAUUAAUGAGUGUAUUCACUAGUAAGCGAUCCCACUAUUUCUCAAAUAAAUAAAUUGGAUAAUCGUCCAAACCAGUGUAAUCCUGA